AUGGGGCAUCUCCUUGAAAGACAUCCCAAAAGGCGGCGGAUCAACCAAAGAGAGAACAGCUCCACCGCGUCGCUAGCGGAUGGCAAAUCAUCGAAGAACUCAUCUGGGGAAAGUGGUUCGGAAUCUAAUGAAUACGACUUGCCACCAGGUGAAUCCUUGUAUGGCGCCGAUGUCGACGAUGACGGAGAAGAAGUUGCUAGCAGCGAGCAAGACCGCCUACCAAAGCAUGCAAUCAAUCUCUCAGCAUAUUGUAAACCCCCUGGGAACACCUUCGUGACGCAGUUGACUCAGCCUGCUUCAAGUCCAUCUAGGGUCCGUGGACCUCGUUGGAGGAAGAAAAGUCCAACUUCACCAUCACCGUCACCUACGUCCACAGCUUUACCCGCUCAAGCGGUCCAGUCUGCUCCAGCAGCGGAAGCGCCUCAACCCUCUCCCAAUGAUGAUGGCUUUGACGAGGAUGAACUGGCGCUUGCGGCGGCCUUAUCAUCCUUGGACGACUUGGAAGAUUUAUCGCGUGAACGAUUAUCGCCCAAAACUUCUGCUGCAACUGUGUCACAUCGGAAACCACCACCAUUACCCAACACGGCUUCUUUUCGCCAGACGACGUUGUUCGGUCAACACGAAAAUCAAGCACCCGCUUCCACCACGCAAGGUAGGAUUCACAACUGGCCUCUAGCCAACAGGGUGGAGCCACCCACUCAUCACAAGCUCAAUCAUGAAGCAGCCAAAAUGUGGAUAUAUCCCACCAACCUUGGCAACAUCCGCGACUAUCAGUACAACAUUGUACAGAGAGGCCUAUUCCACAAUUUGUUGGUAGCACUCCCUACCGGUCUGGGCAAGACAUUUAUUGCCGCCACGAUCAUGCUCAACUGGUUUCGUUGGACAGUAGACGCUCAAAUUGUGUUUGUUGCCCCAACCAAACCUCUUGUCUCCCAACAGGUUGAGGCCUGCUUUGGUAUCGUAGGCAUUCCUCGCUCGGAGACUACUAUGCUGACCGGCAAUAUUCAGCCAGCUAUCAGAGCGGAAGAGUGGCAGACCAAACGUGUGUUUUUCAUGACUCCACAAACACUCAUCCACGACUUAAAGACAGGAAUCUGCGAGCCAAAGAAACUGGUGCUCUUGGUGGUCGACGAAGCUCAUAGAGCUACUGGCAACUAUGCUUACGUUGAGGUUGUCAGGUUCUUGCGACGUUUCAACUCCAGCUUUCGCGUGCUUGCUCUUACCGCAACUCCUGGAGCAUCUGUCGAAGCAGUCCAAAACGUAAUCGACGGUCUGGAUAUUGCUCGAGUUGAGAUAAGGACCGAGGAAUCACUCGAUAUCUGUCAAUUCGUGCAUUCACGGAACAUUGACAUAAAGCUAUUCGAGAAUUCUGAGGAGCUGUCGAUGUCAUUAGACCUUUUCUCGAGAGCGCUUCAGCCGGUGUUAAAUCAGUUGGUCAGUCUCAAUGCCUACUGGGGCCGGGACCCGUCGAAUCUUACCGCCUAUGGACUUACAAUGGCAAGAAAGCGAUGGAUGGGUUCCGACGCUGCCAAGAAAGGAGGCUUCGCGCUGAAGGGCAAAGCGAAUGCCAUCUUCAAUGUUCUUGCAAGCUUAGCCCAUGCGAUCGAGCUGCUUAAGUUUCAUGGUAUCGGUCCCUUCUAUCGUAAUUUACUCAACUUCCAAACCAGUACAUCUGACGGUACAAACAAUGGAAAAUAUGCCAAGGAAAUAGCGAAGAAUGAGCAUUUCAGGAAACUGGUGAACAGGCUGCAAGCUUGGGUCAGCAACCCUGAUUUUGUUGGACACCCUAAGCUAUCAUAUCUGAAGACUGUAGUGCUGAACCAUUUCAUGGAUGCAGGUGAAGGCCACGGUAUGGCGGACGGUAGACCACCAUCAGAUACGCGUAUCAUGAUAUUCGUGCACUACCGCGACAGUGCUGAGGAAGUCACUCGGGUCCUUAAACGCCACGAGCCGAUGAUUCGACCACACGUCUUUGUUGGUCAGACAGGCGCAAAGACUUCUGAGGGAAUGGACCAGAAAACCCAACUCGAUGUCAUUGAGAAAUUCAAGAAAGGCACGUACAAUACCAUUGUUGCCACUUCUAUCGGUGAAGAGGGUCUGGAUAUUGGGGAGGUAGAUCUGAUUGUGUGUUAUGACUCUUCAGCUUCCCCAAUUCGCAUGCUUCAAAGAAUGGGUCGAACAGGACGAAAACGAGCGGGAAACAUUGUGCUACUGCUUAUGAAAGGCAAGGAAGAGGAUUCUUAUACCAAAGCAAAGGAUAAUUACGAAAAGAUGCAGCAGAUGAUCGCUAGUGGCGAUCGGUUUGUUUUCCAUGAUGACAGAUCUGCCCGAAUUAUUCCCAAAGAGAUCAAUCCCGUCGCAGACAAAAGGCAGGUCGACAUCCCCCUAGAGAAUUCCCAGAUUGAACUUCCCGAGCCGCGAAAACGUAGCAGGGCCACAAAGAGGCCACCAAAGAAAUUCUAUAUGCCUGACGGUGUUCAGACAGGCUUUGUACAGGCAUCACUCAUCCACGGAAAGACUGCGAAGGCUAGAAAGGCGACGCAGAGGGAAGUUGUGGAGCCUGAAGUAGCUCGAUUGCCAUCUCUGGAGAAUGUGCUUUUAUCGGAAAAGGAGGAACUCGAGCUUGAUCAAAGGUAUUGCAAUGUGGGUGGUAGCACACCGCAAUAUGUGCAGCGGCCUCGGUUCGACGCUUUUCCAGCACUGCAACGAAAGAUCCGGCCAACAAGCGAGGUUGGUCAUUCUCGUGUCACCGUCAACCUCGUGAAGUGCCUCGACACAGUUCAGCGUCCGCUUGAUCAUGUGCCGUCAUUUGGCACGCUGGCAGACUUCAGAAAAGGUUCGACUGUGUCGUCCGGAGCCCAAGAAUGGGUCAGUAAUGUUAAGUGUUUUCCCAAAGCGUCACAUCGGUCCCUCAGCUCGUCGAGUCCUGCCCCACCAUGUGGAGCCAUGUCAAAAAAUAAAGAUUCAUCGAACUCACGUCUAGCUUGGCACCAUCAUCACCAGCUUCCUACCGACGCGUUAGCUAACGCUCUCAGCGAGCAGCAAGGAUCACAUGCCCAUCAAGACCCUCCUUUUUAUGUCUCCCAAAGGAGCAAUACUGACCACAAUGUCACUGACGACGAGCUUCCAGAUGUUGUUAGUCUGGUCUCGGACAAGAAGCAUGGAUGCAAGAUGGCUUUCCCGGUCGAGGAAGUCUCUCCCACAAAGACACCUGUACGCCAGCGACGGAAGAGGCAAAGGGUACUCCAGGAGAGUGAUGAUGAAUGA